CUGGGAUAUCCAGACAACAAAAGCCACUCCCACUUGCGGGGCGGAACUGCCCUUGCAUCUUUUGACCGAAACCACCACAUAUAACAUACACACACCAUGUUAUCGGCAGGACCCACUUAUGAAUUAGCACGAGCGACCUUCAAGCGUGCACAGCGCGGUCUCUUUGGUGGAAAGCACAUUCAAUUUGGCAACAAUAACCCAUUCUCCAAGAAGAAGACUCGACGCUUUUGGUUGCCCAAUGUACAAAGCAAAAAGCUGUAUUCCGAGACACUUCAAAAGUUUUUGGAAUUGAAGGUCACGACUUCCGUGCUACGAACGAUUGACAAGAAGGGUGGUUUGGAUCAGUACCUCCUUGAAACCCGCGACAAGAACCUUUUCAGUGAAAAGGCAGUUCAACUCAAAAACAGCGUUUUGAAACAGCAACAAAAGAAUUCCCCAACAACCGGCUCCUCCUCAUCGUCACCAUCCUUAUAGAUCUCACACACAAACAUCUUUCUCCAACUCGUUAUAUGUAUAGAACAGCAACAACCAUUUAAAAAAAAGUCAAUAAUAAAAAAGCGUAGCCGGUACACUCGGCGGAACUUUCGCAGCU